CAGAAUUUGGUAAGUAAAUUUAACAACUUAACCAUUUUCUUUCAUUAUUCAUUAAGAACUUCAACCUUAGUAACUUACACAUAGUUGUUUUUCUAAAUUUUUACAGUUUAGUGUAAAGUUGGAUCUUCUCUUGGCCAAGUUGUUGGAUACAAGAGUUAAAUUAUCUUACUUGUCAGGUUAACCUUGAUUGAUUGCGUACAUCUACAAAAACAGCUAGACUAAUAAUGAAAAAUUCGAUAAUAGUUGGAUAAGUCAAAAAAUUAUAAUUGAAAAUACAUGAAGAUUCUGUUGUACUAGCUACUAGGCGGCCCACAAAUGAUGAAUAUAUGGGACUGGUUUACCGGAGUCUUAGGAUAUUUGGGAUUAUGGAAAAAGUCCGGCAAAUUAUUAUUUCUGGGUCUAGACAAUGCCGGAAAGACCACCCUCCUUCACAUGCUGAAAGAUGAUCGGUUAGCUCAGCAUGUUCCGACGUUGCAUCCAACGUCGGAAGAACUAUCCAUAGGAAAUAUGAGAUUCACAACAUUCGAUUUAGGUGGUCACACACAAGCGAGGAGAGUGUGGAAAGACUACUUCCCGGCAGUGGACGCGAUUGUGUUCCUGGUUGAUGCGGUGGACCACAAGCGCCUGCCCGAGUCGAAGGCGGAACUCGACUCUCUGCUAACCGACGAGUCACUCGCCAACUGCCCCGUCCUCGUGCUCGGCAACAAGAUCGACCAGCCCAAGGCCGCCUCCGAGGACGAGCUCAGGAACUUCUUCGGCCUCUAUGGCCAGACUACUGGCAAGGGUAAGGUGCCAAGGUCAGAACUACAGGGUAGACCGCUAGAACUGUUCAUGUGCUCAGUACUAAAACGCCAAGGCUACGGCGAGGGAUUCAGAUGGCUUGCUGAAUACAUUGACUGAUGAGAUGAACGUAUACUGAAUGCAGCAACUGUCGUUCUAUGAGCCAUCAAAUGACCACCGAUUCUGUUGCCAAGCAGCAUCAACAGGGUCGCCGUUUCACUGUGACACAACCUGUGUCACACCUGUGUCAGCUUAUCACUUCUCCAACCCCGGCACAUGUGCCAAACUUUUCAAUAUCCAAAGGCAGUUCUUCAGCGUUGUCAUAUUUAGUAAUCAAUUUCACUUGAAUAAUAAUUUGUGUAUGUAAUAAACUUCGGAACUUCACUAGAAAAAUUGUUAUUUGGCUUUAUGAGAAAAUAUUUAUUAAGUUUGGUGGUUUGUGUAGUAUGAAUAAUUUGGAGUAUAAAAUAAAACGUCUGACAGACAAAUGCAACAGUUGCCCUAGCAAAAACUCUAUACACUUUUAUAAUACUCGUUGAAAAUAUUUAUUAAAGUUCCCCGGAUUGAAUUUGUUUAUGUUUUCUGUGAAAUAUCAGAAUGUGAUUGAAACAAUAUUAUUGUUUGAAAUGAUCAAAUUCUGUGUCUACUUUCCGUAUUUAGUGCUUUAUCAAUAUUAUUCCAUUGUGCAUAAUUUGUUUGAACAUUGGUGAUUUUAAAAUUCCUAAAUAAACUUCAUUACUGGUGUAUAAAUUUUGUAUUCAAUCGAUAAAUAUAAUAAUGUGACAUAUGAAAA